AAUUAAUUGCGGAGGGGGAGGCAGGCAGCAGAGUGGAACAGCCCGAGAGGUGGAGCGGCCCGGCGGCUCUUUAACUACCAGGCUCCGCAUGCUGCAGAGACUCUGCAUCGGUAGCUGCUCGAUCUGCACCCGGAGAGGAGGAUGCGACGACUGGGACGGAGAUAAAUGCAACAUAUUCGUCAUUUCCCCCCUCGUCCAUACAGGCUCUGUGUUCACUGAGCAAAUGCUGAGUUUAAUCUGAUUAAUGUGUGGUUGUUGGGUAGCUUUUGUGCGUUAAAAUGGGUCCACUGUGCCGACAGGGCGUUUUAAAGUCCACCUUUCUGCCGCUACGUUAGCGAGGAUUUUCUCUCUGUGGAGCGGGCAGGUGUGUCGGUUUGUGUCGGUUUUCUUCGCUUUUUGUAAGCUCAGUUCUCGAUAUCGGAUGAAAUCUCGCCUGUCAUCCAUCUCGCUGUUGUUAGGGGCCUCUGCUGGCAAACUGCGUCACCGAGUGGGCGCUGCAGGUAUUCAUCUCUAAAUCUGCAUGUUGGGAAGUCUAGCCAUGGCAAGAAUGACCUGGAAACCAAAGUGACUAAACUUUUCAAAUCGCCAUGGAGCCGGAGGCUAAAUCAAACUCCGAGGCCCCCCAAGAACAAAAAUACCCAUCUGUCCCCAACUCCCAGCGUGGACUGGCCAUGAAUAUGUAUGAGGCCUUGGCUGAUGGAAAUGUCAAUAACGUGGACCCAGUAGUGAGAGGUGGGAGUGACCCCAGUGCGUGUCCUUCCUCCAGCUAUCAGAGGAACGUGCACCAGAGGUUCAUCAGGAGGAGUCUGUGGUUCUCGGAUGCAGACGAGCAGGCCUUUGAAGCACCUGAAUGUGAUAACAGGAAUAAGAUCCUGAACAUAAACCUGCGGACAAUAGUGGACAGGACUCGGGGGACUAGCUGUGGGAUACAGGAAGGUUCCAGCACUGAAAGUCAAGGCGGGCAAAAAGACAGUGCAACAGAGAGCGCCAGUGCCGACGAGGAGAAGGAUAAAGGUGGAGAUGCGUUAAAUCUCACAUGCAAUGAUAGUGGGAAAGCUGCUAUCAAGGCAGCCAGCGAGGAGACGGAGGAGGAGGCGGAGAUGAAGGCCGUAUCCACGUCUCCAGGAGGAAGGUUCCUCAAAUUUGACAUCGAGCUGGGGAGAGGGUCCUUCAAGACGGUCUACAAGGGCCUGGACACCGAGACCUGGGUGGAAGUCGCCUGGUGUGAGCUGCAGGAUCGCAAGCUGUCAAAAGUGGAACGUCAGCGCUUUAAGGAGGAGGCAGAGAUGCUGAAAGGCCUCCAACAUCCCAAUAUUGUCCGUUUCUAUGACUUCUGGGAGUCGCCCCUCAAAGGGAAGAAGUGUAUUGUUCUGGUGACUGAGCUCAUGACGUCAGGAACACUAAAAACCUAUCUAAAGCGUUUCAAGGUAAUGAAGCCCAAGGUGCUGAGGAGCUGGUGCAGACAGAUCCUGAAAGGCCUCCACUUCCUGCACACCAGGACCCCUCCCAUCAUCCACAGGGACCUGAAAUGUGACAACAUCUUUAUCACCGGACCCACGGGCUCAGUCAAGAUCGGGGAUUUAGGACUGGCAACCCUCAAGGCAGCUUCCUUUGCUAAGAGCGUCAUAGGCACCCCUGAGUUCAUGGCUCCAGAGAUGUAUGAGGAGCACUAUGAUGAGGCUGUGGAUGUCUACGCCUUCGGCAUGUGCAUGCUGGAGAUGGCCACCUCAGAAUAUCCCUACUCCGAGUGUCAGAACGCUGCACAGAUUUACCGCAAAGUCACUAGUGGAGUGAAGCCAGCCAGCUACAACAAGGUCAUGGAUCCUGAAAUCAAGGAGAUUAUUGGGGAGUGCAUCUGCCAAAAGAAAGAGGAGCGGUACACCAUCAAGGACCUGCUGAACCACGCUUUCUUUGCUGAGGACACAGGUGUAAGGGUGGAGCUAGCUGAGGAGGAUGAUGGGAAAAAGGACUCUAUCGCCCUGAAACUGUGGGUGGAGGACCACAAGAAGUUAAAAGGGAAGUACAAAGAGAGCGGAGCCAUCGAGUUCACAUUCGACUUGGAGAAGGAAGUCCCUGAGGUUGUGGCACAAGAAAUGGUGGAGUCUGGCUUCUUCCACGAGAGUGAUGCUAAGACUGUGGGAAAGUCGAUCAGGGACCGUGUGGCACUGAUCAAAUGGAGAAGAGAGAGAACAGUGUCUGCUGCAGCUCCAGUGGAACAAGGUGAAGGGCACCGAGUCCAGAUGACGCCAUCUCAGGGCAUCUCUGCUGUGGCUGCACAUGUAGGACAGCCUUCGCUGGAACCAGAAGAGCCCGAGGCAGACCAGCACAACAGGCUGCGAAACCUCCCAGCCAGUGCCACCUCAGUGACAUCAGACAGCACACUUGAUAGUGGCAUGGGCUCCACUGUGUACUCAGACUCCCACAGCAGCCAGCAGAGUGUCCUCUACCAGUCCCUGCUGGAGCCGAUUACUAUGGCAACACAGCAGUGCCGGAGCAGUAGCCCUCUGCUAACACAUGGACUUCACUCCUUUGAGAAAGGUGAGGUAUUACUGGGGCCAACACAGAGCACAGAGCUCAGGACUGGUUUGGGAGCUGCAACCAGAAGAGGAAGUGCCCCGGUUAUUGACACUCAAAGGGCAAACCACAUUGCUCAGUUCCGUGCCCUCAUUCAGUCUCGGAGAUCAAUCAGUCCCAACCUGACACUACCAGAGAACGAGUUGGAACUCAGCCCUCCUGAGCUUCACUUUGAGGCUAAGGAUGGGUUCCCUUCCCAGAGUGCCUCCCCAGUACCGCAGGGCUUCCCCGUCUUAUCUGCCCCUGAGCACCGGCGCUUUAGUGACACCGUCAUCAUGCCGUCAUCAGACGAGAACUUACCGCUUCCUAUGCCGAGUGGACGCAGACACUCUGACCUCAGCAGUCUCCUGAGUCUGACCUCUCCGCAUCACCACCAUUUUGCAAUGCAUAAUGGUCAGAUGUGCCAGGCCUGCCUGUCUCUGCUUCUUCUGAGGUCACGGGAAGGGAGCCACCACUGCCCUUCUGUUGCCAUGCCAACAUACCAUUGUCCAUGUGACUUUAGACAAAACCCGUCCUGUGGCGGAGCAAUGCCCGCCCCUGGUCACGGACGGCUGAAAGGUUUGAGUGAUUGUUCAGAUUUCUCGCUGCUGCAGCAGUCGCUCUUCAAUAUAAUCGGCCGCAAAGCAGCCCCUUGUCAAGCCACGCCCACCCCCAACCUGCUCCACCCCUCCGCGGCCCACAGGCCGGCCCGCAGCCAUGGAGACGGCAGCCUGAAGAGACUUCUCCUGAACGGCAGUUGGGUUGGGAACCAAGAACCCCUUCAGGACUACAAAGAUAGAUUCUGUGGCAGAGAGCAGCAAGUUGGAGUGGCUGGUUCAGCAGGUCACCAGAAUCAACCGUCUGUCCAGGGCCUGCCUUCCUCCAGCACACCGGUACACACUCCACUGCAGUACCUGCAGCCUGGACACAGCUACCCUCCUGCUCCAUAUGCUGGCCAACACAGUGCUGCACCACCAGCUCAACACCAGACAUCCAGCGCUGCUAGUUACACACCUCCCAGUGUGCAGCAGAUCCAAGCUGCAGCAAAUAUCUCAGCAUCAGCUGUGCCUCAACAUGUUGCACAGAGCUACCAAGCACCAAGCCAACAGCAGCAGGCAACUGCAGCAAGCUCUUUGAAUUUUCCUUUGAAAGUCCAGCAAACUUGUCAGAACUGUGUGGCCUCAACCCAUCAACAGACCCAGUCUGCAUCAGGAUAUCCUCCUCCAGUUCAGCAACAGACUGCUGCAGCAGCAAACAGCCUGCCAGCACAGCAGCAAGCACAAAGCUACCCUCUGGCCUCUGUAGCCCCAACCAUGGCUGCCUUGGCCCAGUGUCACCCUACACAAGCUCCCAGCGCACUGCAACACGUCCAAGCUGCAGUCAAACUGCCCAGUCAGCAGCCUGGUCAGAGCUCCUCCACACCAGCACUUUACAGCCAACAGUUACCCAUUCAGCAAGAGCACCAACUCAAUAAUCAGUCAAAUAUACAACUAACACAACACGCUGGGCAGGCUUAUAUGCAGCCUCAGCUCCAGCACAAUCAAGAAACCCUGCAUGCCAUACACCAACAAAUGACACAACAGCCUACCUACCUUCCUCAAAGUCUUCAGUCUUCUGUUCAGCAACAAGUACACCCUCCAACUCUGCAGAAGCACAGUCAGAAAGCCAUGGAUGCAUCUCAGUCUGCAGUCCAACAGAUUCAGACCCCAGCUUUCCAACUUCCUCCAACAGCAACCCCAGUUGUGCAGGUUGCAGCCACACAGCAGAGUUUUCCUCCUGCAGGUCUACCCGAUUCUGCCUCUCAAAGCUAUACACAUUCUGCUUCAGCUCAGAGCCAGUACCUGACUGCACAGUCUACUGCUCCUCCACAGACCUAUGGAACACAACAGUUUCAACCCUAUCUUUGCAUCGCUGCUUUCCAGAACCAGAAUAUCCCUGCUGGUCAUAGCAUUCCACAGCUUGGACAAGAUGGACAGAAUCUCAGUCAGUCAGCUUGCAGUGCACCACCUCAGGCUGCUGUUCACAAACAGCUCCAGCCCCUGCCAGUUACAAACUCUCUGCCAUCAACACACCCAUCCCAGUAUCCCACAAUCCAGGUGAUGACAGCUGUGACUGACUGUGACUCCUCCCACUCUCACUCCCACACCGCCCCUCACCCUCCAACCUCCUCCUCUCUUAAUCACAUCUUCCUUUCACCUGGGCAGACUCUCCCUGUGACCCCCUCUGUCUCCCCCCUUUCUCCUCUGCACAUUGAAAACGCAUUAGUCUCCCCCGUCCCAGUGUCCCUCUUACCUUCCCCCUCACCUGUGCUGGUGAAGGUGGGACAGACGUCCCCACAGCACCAGCCCAGCGCUGCUCUGCAGCAGAAUGUUAGAUCUGAAGCUUCUCAUUCGCAACCUGCAUUUAUAUCUGCACCAAGCAUCCACCCCACACACACACACACUGCCCCGUGCCAGAACACACACCCUCCCACAAACGGCAGCACUCAGCCGCUGAUACAGCAGGUUCCCCAGCAGGCCCAGGUCAGCCACCCGGAGCUGGUCCCCUCUGCUCCGCCAGUCCAGCCUGCAGUCUUUUCCUCACCUUUGCAGAACGGGUUAGACCCGGGCACAGUCCCCACUGCUGCCCAGCUGGACAAGAACCCAUGCCAGAGCCAGGUCCAGAGCCAGAUCCCUGUGCUGCAGCCCUCUGACUCUCAGAGAGUGUCAUCUGGGUCUGCCAGCUCCAGCAUGACUCAGCAGAAACAGCUCAGUGGUCUCAGCGGAGCUGCAGGUCAGGGUCCAGCAGAGACCAGCAUGGAGGAUCAAGCUGCAGAAAAACCCACUGGAGGACAGAGCUAUGACAGUGUCAACUCUGACGCCACGUCAGGGAAGGAGAUGAGCGACGGCUACGAGGGGACUCACGGAGGGAAAGGCGAAGGGAAAGUCCGUAAACACCACCGCAGGUCCACACGCACGCGCUCUCGCCAAGAGAAGAUCAGCAGGCCGAAGCUCAGCAUGCUCAAUGUGUGCAACACUGGCGAUAAGAUGGUGGAGUGUCAGCUGGAAACUCAUAACCACAAAAUGGUCACUUUCAAGUUUGACCUAGAUGGAGAUGCACCAGAGGAGAUCGCUACAUACAUGGUGGAGAAUGAUUUCAUUCUGCCUUUAGAAAAGGAAGUGUUCAUUGAGCAGCUGAAGGACAUUGUGGACAAAGCGGAGGACAUGCUGAGUGAGGACACAGAGGGAGAGAGGAACUCUGACCACGGAGGCAGUCCCAAGCAGAGCGAGGGAGCUGGCGCUGUGGGAGCGGAGGGACUGAAGGCCUCCACACCCAGCACACCACAGCUGGUGUACCAGCAGAACGUCCUCCACACUGGCAAGCGCUGGUUUAUCAUCUGCCCUGUGGCUGAGACGCCUCUGUUAGACAAAGAGAAGACUGCAACUCACACCUCCACAGAAUCUGAAAAGUCUGCCUCAUCAUCAGUCAGACCCAACAGCAACACAACCGCAGUGGCUCCCUCAGCCGCCUCCUUAUCCUCCCAGAGCCCGUCCUCCUGCGCCUCCUCCACCUCCUCCUCUCUGCUCCCUGCAGCUCACACCUCAGUGCAACCUCAAGACCAGAACCUUGAGGAAACCAGGAUCCAGCAGCAGCCUCAGCCCUGUGUCACUAAACACAGCCUCGCUGCUGGUGCCGGCCGUCACAACUCCCUUCCUGUGGAAGAGUCUUGCAUCUCUGCUGUCUCCAUGGUAACGGACAUCCCAUGCUGCGCUAUCGUGCCCCCUGUCUCCCUGGACGUAAACGCUGUAGAUAAAGGAGCAGCCGGUGGUUUCACCUCCUCUCAAACUAACCAGUCCAAUCAGAAGGCCAGUCCCUCUGGAGAGCUACCGCCUCAGCUGGCUUCCCACCAGUCUGUGGUCCUGCAGCAGCCCUAUGCCACGCCCAUGCAGCCCGGGACCGUCACCUCCCAGCCCCAGAGUCCAGCACACCAGACCUCCCAGACGUCCAGCCACCAGCAGGCAGUGAGCGGGGGGCCGGGGGAGUCGGACAGCGAGGGGCCACGCAGGGUGGAGUUUGUAGACCGCACCAUCAAGACUUUGGAUGAGAAGCUGAGAAACCUGUUGUACCAGGAGCAUGCUCCCUCCCAGCCCUGCAGCACUGCAUCGGACCCCCAAGCAUCCAGUUCAGAGGGGGUCAGCUCAGCUCCAGCCUCAGACGGCCAGAGCACCGAGGGAGGACUCACAAAGAAGAAGGGGGAGCUGCUGCCUCAGAUUCCUGAGCGCACGGACAGUGUGGGUGCUCUGAGUGACUCUGCAGUGGCAGCCACUAACAGAGUUCUGAAUGGAAGAGAUGCCACCACCAGCUCCAGUUCAUACAGCUCCAAGAGCCGCUUUCAAAUCAUCCCCACUCCAAAGGAUGUCGUUUUUCGUUUAGAGAAAAGCAAGACGAGUCGCAGCACCGGCAGUUCCCCAGCGCCCUCUAGUGGCUCCGGAGGGUCUCACAGCCAGACCCAGACCCAGACCCAGACCCAGGCCCAAGGCAGGAAAGAGAAGGACUGUGUGGCUGCAGGCAGAGCUUCUGUGACAGCUGCAGCCGAUCCCGAGGAUCCAGGAGCAGCCAGAGCCCACAGCAGCAACCGCUACUCUGCACCACCUAAUUUCUACCAUGCAACCCCCUCCUCCAGCCCCGACGUCACCCCGAGACACAUCCCCCGGGCCCAGACCAUGGACACUCCCACCCACCACAGCUACCAACACGCCUCCCACCUCUACUCUGACUCAGCAGAUGAGGACAGCAGCAGCAUGGCUCUUCCUCCAGCCCAGCCCGCCCCCCCGGCCCACGCCCUGUCUGAGCACAGUGGAAGCGACCUCAUGAAGAGGGCAGUGGCCUUCCUGCGGCGCUCGGGCCGGAGCAAAAGUGAGCAGAGCUCUGAUUCACCGAGCCGACAGCCCGUGGCCAUGAACGGUCACGCUCCCUCGCCUUCUGCUGGCCACGCCCACUCAUCCUACAUCAGCAGCGACAAUGACUCUGAGUUUGAGGACGCAGAUAUGAAGAAAGAACUGCAGAAGCUGAGAGAAAAACACAUGAAGGAGAUCUCUGAGCUUCAGGCGUUCCAGAGGAAUGAGAUCGAGCGUCUGUACACGGAGUUGGGCAAAACGUUGCCCCCCAACGUCGGCUUACUUCACGCCGCACCCCCAAGUGGCCGCCGGCGCAGAGCCAGCAAACACAAGCUGAAGGCUGGAAAGCUGCUCAAUCCUAUGGUGCAGCAGCUCAAAAACAAUCUUAACACCUCCACAGAGAGGAAAGGUGAGAGUGCUGCCAGUUCAUCCAGCUCCCCAGCUAAAAGUUCAAUUCUGUCAGAUGGCUCUGCCCACUCCAGUGGCAGCUCCAGCUCCAGCAACCAGCCCGCUGCCCCCCAGGAGCAGGUCCACACCCAGCAGCCCUGCUCCCUGAAGGGCUCCUUCUCCUCAGACAACAUCUACGCUGGCCGACACGGAGAAGGGAUGGCCAACCAGGCCGGCCCUGGCCAAGGCUGGACGGUUUACCACCAAACGUCAGAGAGAGUCACCUAUAAAUCUAGUAGCAAACCACGCACUAGAUUCCUCAGUGGACCUGUGUCUCUGUCCAUCUGGUCCACUCUGAAACGACUAUGUCUAGGCAAAGAGCGCAGUAGUAGGUCUUCUCUCAACACGGCCACGGCUCAGACCGCCUCCAGUCACACACAGCCUUCACUCACCACGGCCACGCCCUCGCCAUCUCCCCAGCCAAUCACACGGCUCGCUCAGGUCCAGACCAACAACAGCAACAACAAGAGAGGCACGUUCACCGACGAUCUUCACAAACUGGUGGACGACUGGGCGAAGGAGACCGUGGCGGCCGCCAGCCAGCAGCGCCGCCCCUCCCUCAACCAGAUCAAGCAGCAGAGACGCCAGCAGGACCUGGAGGGCCGGGCGUCGCCCGUUGGAGCAGCUACACAUGAGAUGAAAAGCCAUGUUGGUUCCCGCAAGCUCCAGCUGCCUCUCUCCUGCCCCCUGACUGCUGCUUUAGGCCCUGCUACGCCCACAGCGCUAGCUCCCAGCUCCUCCUCAGCAAUGCUCUCUCCUGGGUACCUUUCUCCAGCGGGCUCCUACAGCGGGAUAGUUCCUGGUCCUCUUUACCCCCAGCAGUGGCCUGGCUUGCCCAGUCCCGUGGGCUCCCUGGGGCCUGGAGGUGUGCUUGGUGCUGCAAGAAUGAUGCCCUAUGCCACAAUGGCAAACCCAGGGAUCCAAGCCUACCCUCUGGUCCUCCACGAGCCGGAGAAUGGCCCCUGUCCAAAAACCACUAGGACUACCUAAUCUGCUAACAAAUAUUUGUUAGUGUGUAUGAGCACGAUAGUCCAAAUCCACUCCGUUCUGGUUUGCCAGAGCCACAUGUGUACAUAAUCAGAUCUUGUAAAUAACUUGACGCAAGUGUUGAUAUGAUUGAUCCAACACCUAUAUCUGUUGUUAAUUUGAGUGUGUGUGUGUGUGUGUGUGCCUGCGCGUGUGUGUGUAUGUAUGUGUGUAUACAGUACGUGUUAAGUAUGUCUGAAUACCUAAUGUGUUUUGGCUUUAGUUUUGACUAAACUCAGCCAUACAAGACAAUUUGUCUGCAGUCACGAAAAAAACAUAUUUCACUUUAUUCUUUGUUACUGCAGUUUUCACAUUAAUUUUUGCCUUUCUCUGUGUUACGUACACUUUAAACACUACAUUGGAAUCCAAAUACCAGUGGUUUGAGAUACGGUAACAGGACAGUAUUUAUGAUGAAGAUAAUUUAAAAGAAUGUAGUGCCUUGAACAUUGAUUUAUAGAUUAUUUUUUCUUCUGUGAAACAAAGCAUGUCUGCAUCCAAGUUAUUUUAGUCGGUGGUAGCUUGAGUGCAGUCUCUUUUUUUUUUUUAAUGCAUUACAGACACUUUUUUUUUGGUUUACAUAUGAAUGCCCUUGUAGAACUGCACUAUUAACACAGUAUAUGCUCUUAUUUAAAAUAAUAAAAUCAUGUUUUAACCCUUGUUUACUUUUCCACCCGUGACAGAUGGAAUGCCAUAGUGGUGAGAUGUACCGUUGCCUUGCAGAAACAAAUGGUUAAUGUACGUCUGAUGAGAGAAGGAAAAGUAAUUACGCCAGCAGCCAAAUCCACUCUUUCAGGUCAAGUGGUUCAGUCGGACACAGCCUCUUUUUGAUAGGACAACUGAUGCGUUUGACAGCACAAGUUGUUGUAGCCUUGUGCUCAGAGGGAAGGCGUGUCCAGAGCCAUAUAAACUUUACAUAGUUGUUUCUACAGUAUAUGCCUCUGGUAGUGUUCUGUUCAGAAUGUAGCAAUUAAUGUGUGAAGGCUUGAGGCAAAAAAAGUGCAAUUUAACCCCUCCACAAAGCUUUGAUCGUGGCCUUGCCACAAGCCUUAUCUCUGAUGUGUGCAACAGGAGCAAGCUGAAAAAAGUUGAACAAAGUUUAUAAUCACCAAAACAGACAGAAGUUACCGGGAAAAAGUAUAAACAUUGCAAACCACCAAGCAAAGCAAGUCACUACUGCUAAAUGUUCUUUCAACUUGGCUAUCCUAUUACUCAGCAUACACUGUAUGUGAAAUGUUUUGUGCAAUCACCACUUAGGUCUGAUGUUUUUUAAAUUAUUUGAUGUUUAAAGCUUGAUUUUUUCUUUUUUUUUUCUUUUUUUUUGAUGCUGCUAUCGUCUGAGGUGAUUCCACUGUACAGUUAAGCAUUAUAUUCACAUAAGAUGGUACUUAAAUUAAAUAAAAAACCUCCCCAAAAUAACAAUGAGACGCUCGCAAAGCAGUGUUAUUGCCUUGUUGAAAUUUCGAUGUUGUGUUCAUUUCCCAGGUUGAUUUGAAUGACAGAAUUUUCUUUUCUUUUCAGUAAUAUAUUGCAAAAUUCAAAUGAUACUUGAUGCGGGAGAUUUGCACAACAUAUAGUCUCCCUUGAUUCUAACCUGUGUUUAAGAGUUUCCUACACUGUAUAUAGUGGGUUUCACCGCCUGUACUUUUUUAUCACUGACAAGCAUGGCCAACUUUUCAUGUUCCACAAAGCAAAGAAACAAUACUGCAACAAUGGUUCGAUAUCUCACAUCUCCACAACACAUUUGAAAGGUUUCAGCACCCCGAUUCUGCCAAGCUGUGAAUUGUACAGUUUUCUUGUAGUUUAUAUUUGUACAUUUUGUUCAUUUAAUUUCCUUUUUUUUUUUGUUUCGACUGUUUAGAGACGUUGAUGUUGGUGGUGGAGGGGCUGCUUUGAUGUAUAUUAUUCCAUCAAUUCGGUUUGAAUUGGACUUUUAUAGGAUAUUAUGCAGAGUCUUCUGCUUUGGUGAAAUACUUCCAGUAGUAAGAGAUUUCUGUUCUCUGUCACUUGUAUCUGGUUUUGUUCCACCCCCUUUGCUGCCAACUCAUGGUGUGCAGAGGAAGGAAUGACUAUUGUUGGCAUAUUCAUUUGGACGCAGUGAUCAAAUGAUGGAGAUGAGACGCACAGAGGAGGAGGAAGGAGCAGUCCUGACACCUCCUUCUAUGAUAAUCUCACUUCUCUCUGGACAACACUGCCCCCUGGUGAAUGUGCACAGAAUUUCAAAGGCUUGUAUUCAAACUGUGUGGGAUUGCUUCUGCCUGCUGUAUGUCCCACUGCAUUACCCCACCCUACCCUGCUGCAUUCUAAUCACAGACUGUAUGUUGAGAGAGAAAUAAAUAUUAUUUUGUGCUUGA